AUGAUGAUUUUUGCUUACGAUAAACUUGGGAUAAUUGUCACUGAUCGAGUUCCAAUUGGCAGUAGUGUAACCGGGGAUUACUACAAAACAUUCCUUGCCAAAAAAUUGCGACCAGAAAUCCGUAAAAAGCGACCAGGAAUGUUACAAAAUGGUGUGUCCAUAUUGCACGAUAAUGCGCGGCCGCAUAUCGGAGCACCAGUCGUCGCUCUUUUGGAGAAAUAUGGAUGGGAACGCCUCAAACACCCACCGUAUUCGCCGGAUUUAAGUCCCCCGGACUUUGAUUUAUUUCCAAAACUGAAGGAACCACUUAGAGGGAUCCGUUUUCCCAACUUAGAUAUACUAAAUGAAGAAGUGAGCCGAAGGAUCCGUGAACUCAACAAAGAUGGCGUCCUAUGCGGCAUUCAAGAGCUCCCGAAACGAUGGCAAUCGUGUAUAGACAAGCAGGGAGAUUAUAUCGAAGGUCUAUAA